CACCAUCGCCACCGUCAUUAGUAUUGUAUUAUCGUAUAUUUACUUUUUCCUUCAUCAUAUCAAUUAUCAAUCUCUAUCAAUCUCUAUCAAUCUCUAUGUGCAUCCAUGUGCUCUAUGUCUAUGUAAAUUAUUAUUAAGCAGGAAUAAAGUUUAAUUAAAAAAAAAAUCUAAAUAAUUAUUAUGUCAUUAAUUAGACGAGCACAGCAAUGGGGCUCUUUAUCGAGAAUUUGGUAUUUGUAUGAUGCUAAAUGGCAAGACCCUUACCAAAGCGCUGUUCAUUUGGUACCAUAUCUUUUAGGAAAAACUAAACCGAUUUAUGCGCCAAUGUCCCUAUGUGGAGACCAUGUCGUAGUAAUAAACAGUAAAGACAUUGCUUUGAGAGGUGAUGAAUGGAAAAAACGUGUCUACUUUCAUCACACGACAUAUCACAGUGGUGAUACAUGGACAUUGGCAUGGGAGUUACAUAGAAAAAAUAAAACAAUGAUUGUUAAAAAAGCCGUCUAUCACGCUAUGAGAAACAAUUUACAACGUCGUCACACUAUGGAACGCUUACACAUUUAUCCAGAUGAUAAUGUCCCUAAGGAAAUAAUGGAAAAUAUUUCAAAUCAAAUUCCUCAACUCAGACCCGUUCCAACAAAACUUUAUGACAUUUCAGAGCAAGUUGUUGAUAAAUUCCCACGUCUUAUGGCCUAUCCUUCUAAUUAUAUUCUUAAAUGAAUAUUAUUCAAAUUAUUUAUUUUAUCCUUUAAAGUGUUUUAUAAUAAAUAAAUAAUUCAUUUAAAUCUU